AUGGGAAAGACCCGCGUGAUCUCGAAGGGUUACCGCCAUGGCACGCGCGACAAGUACUCUAAGAAGUACAGGACCAAGGGCAGGCCCGGGAUCGCCCGAUACUUGGUGAACUUCAAGCGCGAUCCAUCCAUCCAGAAAGGCUUGCCUUACUCCCUGUACCAUGGCAGAACCGGCAUUGUCUUCAACGUGAAUCGCAAUGCCCUCGGCGUCGAGAUUACGAAGAUCGUUGGCAACCGCCAGCUUCGGAAGCGGAUCCACGUGCGGAUUGAGCACGUGCGCAAGUCCCGCUGUAACGAGGCUUUCCUGCAUCGCGUCAAGGACAAUGACAAGAAGAAGGCGCAGGCGAAGCUCGAAGGCAAAAAGCUCGUUUGCAAGCGAGUUCCGGAGGGACCCAAGCCGAUGAAGACUGUGACCGCCUCCCCAGAAGACGUGGAGGUGUUGGCCCCCCUGCCCUUCGUGGAGAACUACUUCUGA